UAGACUCCGCGGCCGCGGCGCGGGCAGCUGCGCUGAGACGCGUUGCUUGGGGUGUCGCCUGCCCUCGCCCUUCGGGGUUGCUUUUCGCGAGGCCGCUGCCAGCCCUUGACUUCGCGGGCUCUGAGCCCGGGAGUCCGGAAACUUAGAAGGAGCCGGCUUUUACCUCUGCCUGUGCAGCCAGGAGGCGGGGUCCGCUGCGCGGUGCGGGAGCUAAAGGGGCCCAGCGGUAAUGGUGAUAGUGGUGAUAACUAUAAACAUAUGAAGAAAUUUACUGGAUGUUGAAUAUAAUUUUGCAAAACCAUCUUUUUACAUUGUGUGGUAUUUGUUGAAAAAAAUGUUUGGGAGAGUGAGUUUUCCUCAACUGCUUUUUGCUAGCAUCCUUGGAAUUGCCGGAGGAAUAUAUAUUUAUCAACCAAUAUUUGAACAGUAUGCCAGAGAGCAGAAGAAAUUAAAAGAAAAGCUGGAGUUGGCACAAGAAUCAGAAGAAAAGAGAAGUUAAUGCUACAU